AUGUUCUCCGAAUAUGCCUCCAGAUUCCUGGCGCAGUCACAAUCACGACUAUCCAACUUCGGCCAACCAGACGCGGCGGAACGAUCAUCACGGCCAGUAGACUGGCAAGGCAGAGGGACGAGAUUUGGAGGACGAGGCUAUCUUGGCAGGGGCGGAAACCCGUAUCAGCCGAGCGGCUCUCGCUUCGGGGGGCUUGCCGCCUUCGGUUCUCGAUACGCUACCAAUGAUGCGCCGCUGUUUCAGGGAGCUCUCGAUCAUGAUGAUGAGGAUGAAGAAGAAAGAGAUCGGGAGGCGGCUGAUCUAUUCGCCCUUCAACGAUCACGACGUGUGUUCGCAGCUAGUCGACUCGAGGAGAGCACCGAGACGGACAAUGAGGACGGUCGCGCCUCAAUAGAGGAGAGCCGAGAAGACGAGCAGGAGACACUUCCAGCGCGCCUCAGAGGAAUCAGGAGUAGUUGGAAUGGCGCAAGCAGCCAUUCCCGGCGCGCCCUAGAACCACAAGAUGCCGGCCGCGACUCCAAGGGUUCAAGGCGACCAAGGUCGAGAGGAAGCGACGACGACGACAGCAAAGGGAUGGAAGAUGUUGGGCUCCAGUCAACAAUUGCCGACAGCGAACCGCCGGCUGAUCUGACCCUGGAGACUCCGGCUGACAAUGACCCGCCGCCUUUUCAGAAGUUCAGAACGACGGCCGUCCCAGCACGGCAUCUCCCCAGAAGAGACUCGACCAAUGAUUCGGAACUUGGCUUGCCUCCCAGUUCCCUGGAUGCGAACAUGAAUACUGGCCAAGCAUCAUCUCCUAUGGAGGGCGAAAUCUUCACGCACGACGCGUUCUUUGCCUGGCUAUACUUGAUCGCCCAGGCAUCUUUGUUCUCGACUUUCGUCUUGGUUUUUCUGCACACGAAUGGCAGCAAGCCGCCGCUCGGGGAUACCAUCUACACCACAUUGCGGGCUUCUUUCCACAUGUUAGCUGUAGACACGCUGGUGUCGAUCAUUGUAUCACUCGUCUGGCUCGCCGCUUUGCGGUCCUUCGUCAAGCCGCUGGUCUCGCUGGUACUGGUUGCCGUCCCGGUGAUUUUGAUUUCGUUCUCCUUAUACCCCUUUAUAUCCAGUUACCAGCCUGCUAGCGGCAGCACGCGCCUCCAAGACACGGUGAUGCGAUGGGCGGCUGCUGUCCCUGCCGUCUCUGCGGUAGUCUGGCUCUAUCUGGUCUACCAGGGACGGUAUGCCCUCAAAUCGGCAGUUGGGAUCCUCGAGUUCUCCAGCCGCAUCUUGGCGGCCAACUCAGCCCUAGUUCUGGUGGGCAUGGGAUGCCUUGUCGUGGUGGUGCUUUGGACUUGGGUUUGGCUGCUCAUGUUCACCCAGGUCUUUCUAGGAGGGACAUUUUCUAGCACGCUCGCUAGGUUUAUCAUCAGCGCGUCCAGUUGGUGGCUCGGAGUGUACUUUGUCCUUAUGUACCUCUGGACGCUGUCUAUCGUCUCAGGCGUGCAACGAAGCACCACUGCAGCGACCGUGUCUCAGUGGUACUUCCAUCGAAAUGCUGUGCCGGCCCCUUCCUCCAGGGAGGUCGUCUCGGCUGCUCUGGGUCACGCCAUGACGACCAUCUUCGGCACCAUCAGCCUAUCGACAUUACUGGCACUGGCCAUCCGGCUACCUCUUCUUGUUUUGCCGAAACGACUAGCAAAUAUCCUCGGCAUGGUCAUGAAUAUGAUCAUCCCGGCUCCCAUUGCGGCGCUAACGAAUCCCCUGACCUUGACAUAUGCCGCUAUCCACUCUCAGGCGCUAGCUAUGUCAUCUCGAGGGCUCAGCCAAAUGGAUUUCAUCUCACCACAGCGGCCGACCACCACGCUCACGCCAGCCUCCCUCCCCAAACACAACCGAUACUCACCACUGCUCCCAUAUCGGCUUGCCAAAUUGAUACUCCACUCGACAAGGUUUAUUAUGGCUACGGCUCUUGGCUUUGGGGGUUGGGUCAUGACGGCACGACAGUUGGAGCUGGAGCAACCGGGAGGCCGGGGUAUACGGGGAAGUGCAUAUGCAUACGUGGUGGGCUUGAUAGCGAGCUUCAUCGGCUGGAGCAUCCUGGGUGCGAUGGAGGAAACCUUGAGCGGCAUUGUGGAUGCAGUUGUUAUCUGCUACGGCAGUGAGAAGCGCAUGGCUACGGGAGCCGGCGGCUACUGCAUGGAGGCGGCAUACCUCUUUGGCGACCGCAGGGCUGAGCGAGAGAGGGGCGAGACCUAUUGA